AUGGCCGUCCUCAGAUACAUCGCCCCGGCCCUCGCCGUGGCAGCUGGUGCAGCUGGUGAGUCAAUGGACAUCAAGAGCUGGUUCAAUGGCAUCCAUACUGAUACCACGCGCAGCACAGUCUUGCGGUAAUGGCGGAACAACCACCAUCCAGAGCAAUGCCGACGCGACGGGCCUUGCUAGCUGCAGGACAUACUCCGGCAGCAUCGCCAUCGCUACCGGCACCACCGACAACAUCCAAUUGAGCAACAUCCAAACCAUUACCGGCAGCUUGACCGCCAGCAAUGUCACCCAAAUGACCUCGCUCGCCGCCGACAGCCUGCAAGAGAUUGGCGACUCCUUCACCCUGACCUCGCUCACCAUUCUUUCCACCCUCAACUUCCCACAGCUCACCAAGGUUGACACCAUUGAGUGGACCGCGCUCCCUGCUCUCCAGGGCUUGUCCUUCUCCACUGGUGUGCAAGAUGUCAGCAUGCUCACCAUCGACAACACCCAACUGAACAACCUCAACGGCAUCAACUUGGAGGUCGUGGACACCAUGUACGUCGCCAACAACCCAUAUCUUACCUCGGUCAACAUGCAACUCGGCAACGUCACCAAGGCCCUGACCCUCGCUGCCAACGGACGCGACCUCGACGUUCAGUUCCCCAAUCUCAUGUGGGCAUACAACAUGUCGAUCAGGAACGCUUCGUCUGUCUCUAUCCCAUCGCUCGCUUCCGUCAACGGCUCUCUCGGCUUCUACAGCGAUGGCUUCGAGAACCUGACCGCACCAAACCUCACCAGCGUCGGCGGCCAGCUCUCGUUCGUCAGCUGCAACGCGGUCACCAACAUCAGCAUGCCAGAGCUCACCACCAUUGGCGGUGGUUUCCAGCUUGCCAAUAACACCCAGCUGGGACAGAUUGAUGGAUUCCCUGCCCUCAAGACUGUCGGUGGUGCCCUUGACUUCAACGGUGUCUUCACUGAGUAAGUUCCGGUUGCACCUUCCAACGUCAUGCAACAGCUAAUGAUUUUGUAGUGUGAGCCUACCCAAGCUCAGCGAUGUCCGCGGUGCUUUCAACCUGCAGUCUACCAAGAAUAUCGACAGUGCCUGCACUCACUUCUCCAGCCUCUCUGGCUCGAACAACGCCAUAAAGGGCGUAUUCACCUGUAAGGGAAGUUUGACCAACCCAGGCGGCACCGGCACUCUCCCAUCUGGCACCAACUCUGGUGGCUCAAGCACUUCCUCGGGCGCGGCCACACCAGUACUCAUUCCUGGUGUCACUGGCUUCCUCGGUGUUGUAGCGGCCAUUUUUGGUCUGUUGUGA